GAUGAAGCAGCGCUGGGGGGGACACGGCUCCACUGUGCAGCGACCCCGCAGCUAACGCUGGCAGGAGACUGCUGCCCCCGGCCCACCAUGCCCUCCUCCGAGAGCAGCAGCGAGUACUGGAUCGACGGCUCCCACCGCAAGGCAGCACUGGAGGAUUUCUACAUCGUGGGCCCCGAGCUGGGACGGGGAGCCACCUCGGUGGUCUACAGCUGCCAGGAGAAGGGCACGGGCACCCCAUACGCUGCCAAGGUCCUGAAGAAGACGAUUGACAAGAAGAUCGUGAGGACAGAGAUCGGGGUCCUGCUGCGGCUCUCGCACCCCAAUAUCAUCAAGCUGAAGGAGAUUUUUGAGACCCUGUCUGAGAUCGUGCUCAUCCUGGAGCUGGUCACGGGAGGAGAGCUCUUUGACAGGAUAGUGGAGAGGGGCUUCUACAGCGAGCGGGAUGCAGCCCACGUGGUCAAACAGAUCCUGGAAGCCGUCUCGUACUUGCAUGAGAACGGGGUCGUCCACCGUGACCUGAAGCCGGAGAACCUGCUCUAUGCAGACCUGUCCCCCGAUGCUCCCCUUAAAAUCGGCGACUUCGGGCUCUCCAAGAUUGUGGAUGAACAGGACACCAUGAAAACCGUCUGCGGGACGCCGGGAUACUGCGCCCCUGAAAUCCUCCAUGGGUGCCCGUAUGGCCCUGAAGUGGAUAUGUGGUCUGUGGGUGUCAUCACCUACAUCCUGCUUUGUGGCUUCGAGCCCUUCUUCGACCCACGAGGGGACCAGUACAUGUACAGCCGCAUCCUCACCUGCGACUACGAGUUCGUGUCCCCAUGGUGGGAUGAGGUCUCCCUCAACGCCAAGGAUCUGGUCAGAAAAUUGAUCGUCUUGGACCCCCGGAAGAGGCUGACCGUCCACCAGGCUCUGGAGCAUCCCUGGGUCACAGGGAAAGCAGCUAAAUUUGCUCACAUGGACAGCACGCAGAAGAAACUGCAGGAAUUUAAUGCCAGGAGAAAACUGAAGGCUGCAAUGAAAGCCGUGGUGGCUUCCAGCCGCUUGGGCAACCACGGUCACCACGAUUGCUCCCGCAGCGGGCGCAGCCAGAGGGCUCCCGGGGGCACCCACCUGCCCCAGGGCACAGGGACCGCUGGCCACGAAGCUACCGCCACCACUGAGGACCUUGAAGCUUUCCAGAGCGACCGCCCCGCCGUGCCCAAGGUUCCUGUGAGCAGCGCCAGCUGCCAGAGCUAACGCGCCCGGCACCGGUGCCGGCUCACCAGGGCCUCCACAAGCAGCACCCCACUGACCCUUGGAAGCUGGCACAGGGCAAGGUGGGGGAAGCCGUUGGGACAGGAGUGCCUCGAGUGUUGGUGUGUGUCGGGAGCCCAUGGUCUGUGGUGUGGAGCGUCCUUAGUUAGUGUCCUGUUGCCAGUGAGGUUGUAGCUGGUCGCUGUGAAUGUGUGUCUGUGCGGACCCGACUGAGGAGAACAAGGCUGGUGACUCUGUCUUCCAACAAAGUUUUGGCCACUGUGGCUGGAGAAGAUCCCAAGUGGCUUAAAAACCAAGGAGCAAAACAGCAGAAAAAGGAUUUCUUUCACCUUACCUACACAGGCAGGAAGCCGCCUUUACAACAGCGUUUUGUAAGUCCCUGUAAAUAGUCCUUAAGGGUUUCUUUAGGGAGUGGGUGCAUCUGGGUUAUCACUGACCAUCCACGUUCCAUCUACAAUCCCUCUUACCAGACACAGCUGUAGGUUUACUGCUGUUAUUAGACAUGGUUUGUAGGAGGCUUUGGACCCAGCUGUUUGAUCCUAUCUGAAGAAAAAGUGUUUGUGAGUGGUUCCUUUAUUAUCUCUAGAUGGUAGACAAACUCUGACUUGUGCUUUUGUUCCACUCCAGCUUCAUUUGUUCCCACCUUCAGCCUUGCUGUGGGUACAUGAUGGUGGUGGGAUUGUCCCAAACUGGGAACGCGGCUUGUCUGGCCUCUUCCUUGGUGUUCCAGGUUGCCAUUCACAGGAGUUUUAACCAAGAACAAUGCAGCUCUUUCUAUAGCACAUUGGAAGACUUUGUAACCUGUAACGGUGCUGUUGUUUCCAGAGGGAGAACAAUGAGUUUAUAUGUAUUGGGUUGUUUCUUUUUAAGUCUAAUGAAAUCAGUUGACAAACUGAUUGGAAAGACUUUUUUCAGGCCGUUAUUGACCAGGCCACAGGAUGAGUAUUUGUAGAUUUUAAUGCAGAACAAGUAAUCAGACAGGAAAAGCCAUAUUGAACACAGGAGAAGCCAAAAAGCCAGCAUGGGGUUUGCUGACCUGAGGUGCUGCCUCAACCCACAUCCCUGGCUGGUUGGGCCAUGCACUUAGAGCACAUUCAAGCAAAGAAGUCUCAGAGAAUAAAAUUUGUGCACAAAGUCCAUUUUUCCAGCACGGGGACACCAUAAGUGAUGAAGGAGAGGUGGCAAACACAACCUGAGGCUUUGGUGAUGCAGAACCCGGUACAGGGGCAGAGCUGCAAUGGCAGCAAAGGCAAAUGUAACACAAAGACCUUUGUGAUGAUGCAGAGCACAAGCAGAAACCAUGAAGAUUACGUGUAAGGGCUGAUCCAUACCACAUGACAUUUCUGUUUGGGAUGCUUGCAGAGCCGAAUACAGGGAUGGGAUGUUCAAAAGGGUUUUUAAUUGGGGAAAUAUCAGGUCUUGGCCAGAAAUGUGCUUUCAUUUUUAUGAUCUCCCAGUCAUACCUUCAGUGGGGAAGCAGAUGAACAUCAGGAGAGAAAGCGAUCACUGACAACAUGGGAGAGGGCUUCGGCAGGGGAAACACCCCAUCUUUUUCUGUGUGUUUGGGAGGGAGCAGUUUGUUUUCUCUCUUUUAUUUAACACAGAAGGCUGAACCUUGCAGCGCACUCAGCUCCACUCUUUAUCCCAUCCUUCGGGUGGCACUGUCCUUCAAACUCCAUCAUGUGUCCCCCUUUACCCCAGUGGGGCCAGAACUCCACUUUUACCGUUUUGUUCACUAACGUGGGGCUUAAAAUCUGACUAUUUACUAUCCUCUGGCAUGAAAUACGCAUUUAAACACCUUGCAGGACCAGGCCAGAGCGCUCAGUGUGCCCACAGGGAGCGAUGCUGGGAAGCAAAGUAGUGUUGAGCAUUCCUGAUCCUGCAAAAUAAUGGGAAUGAAGGCAUCAAUUAGAUAACAGUAAGUAACAAGUGUCUUCAGUGAUGGAAGCCACUGGAGGGAAAACUGUAAGCAAAGAAAAGGAGUUUGCCUCUUUUGUUACACACUAUUAUUCCACAAGUAUCAGUACUCAAAGGUAGUAAGAAAAUAAGGGAAUAAAGCCAAUUUUGGUCUGUAGCUGUUUUCAGGAUGUGUUUUACUGACUACUUCGGUGUCGUGGUGACAUUGCCGAUACUGCAGGUAUUUAUAAAGAAG